AUGCAUUUCUCUUCAUAUUCUUGGAGCCACUCCUGGCCAGGUCUGUCAGAUGAGUCGCCAUGUAAUUGCUAUAGCCAGAUUCUUCAACUGAUAACUGUGUAUUUCUUUUUGUUGGUGGAUAUUAAACCGAGGUUUAACACUUCAGGGACCAAGGGCACUCUGCCAGAACUUCAUCUUCCUAACCGACUUUAUCGAGAUACAAGUAGAGCAGUGAUGACCAAGUCACGCAUAGUGGCUUCUAAGCUUGUAAAGGCUUUUACUGAACACAAGGUUAAGAAAACUUACAUUGCGCUCAGUGUUGGUUCAGCUCCAAAAUGGGGAACGAUCACCAUAAGCUCUGGUCAUGUGUCAAAUUUUGGAGCCUGGAGUGUAUAUGCUGCACGAGAUGUGUGUCGGACACUACCAGGUGGGUCCAUUGUAAAAGGCAUGGAGUUCUAUGAACUAUUACCUAUUAAUGGACAAGGGAGACUCAAAGAGUUAGCUGAAAAUCUGAGAAAAAGUAGUUGAAGAGAAGUUGUGAAAUAUGCUGAUAUAAAGAAAGAUGAGAUUUUGGUAAGAGCAUUCAGCCCAUUUCCUAUGAGUGGAAGAACACAUCAAAUCCAGUUACUAUCUAGGAUAUUUUUUUUUUCCCUUUAAGAGGGGAUCUAAAUUAUGGGGGUGCAGCAAAUGGAAGGAGAGAAUAUCCGAUGACCAUGAACUGCAUGCUGAGAGCUUGUCUUUUGAACAUCCAUUUCCUGGUCUCCAGUCAUGUUCUAUGCGCCUCUAUCUUCAUGGGCCAAAGAGGUCUUGCAAACUUUAUGACAUUAAAUAGGCAUUCUGGAAGUUGUGACUUUGGAAGGGCUAGCUAAAAAUAUUGUAACAUGAUAUACUGCUGAUGUUUUUCUGUGGAA